CGCUACAUACUGCGCCUGCGCACGAGUCCCGGCCUUUUUCCCCCUGUAGUGCUGCCGGGCCUGCAGGUCUGUGUAGAGCCGCGGAAGCGGGUCUCUCUUACACAGGAUGGGUUUUGUUAAAGUUGUCAAGAAUAAGGCCUACUUUAAGAGAUACCAAGUGAAGUUUAGAAGAAGACGAGAGGGCAAAACUGAUUACUAUGCCCGGAAACGCUUGGUGAUCCAGGACAAAAAUAAGUACAACACACCUAAAUACAGGAUGAUAGUUCGUGUCACUAACAGAGAUAUCAUUUGUCAGAUUGCUUAUGCCCGUAUCGAAGGGGAUAUGAUAGUCUGUGCAGCAUACGCACAUGAACUACCAAAGUACGGUGUGAAAGUUGGCCUAACAAAUUAUGCUGCAGCAUAUUGUACUGGCCUGCUGCUGGCCCGCAGGCUUCUCAAUAGGUUUGGCAUGGAUAAGAUCUAUGAAGGCCAGGUGGAGGUGACUGGAGAUGAAUACAAUGUGGAGAGCAUUGACGGUAAACCUGGUGCCUUCACCUGCUAUUUGGAUGCAGGCCUUGCCAGAACUACAACUGGCAAUAAAGUUUUUGGAGCCCUAAAGGGUGCUGUGGAUGGAGGCCUGUCUAUCCCUCACAGUACCAAACGAUUCCCUGGUUAUGAUUCUGAAAGCAAGGAGUUCAAUGCAGAAGUACAUCGGAAGCACAUCAUGGGUCAGAAUGUCGCGGAUUACAUGCGUUACCUAAUGGAAGAAGAUGAAGAUGCUUACAAGAAACAGUUCUCUCAGUACAUAAAGAACAAUGUAACUCCAGACAUGAUGGAGGAGAUGUAUAAAAAAGCUCAUGCUGCUAUACGAGAGAAUCCAGUCUAUGAAAAGAAGCCGAAGAGAGAAGUUAAAAAGAAGAGGUGGAACCGUCCCAAAAUGUCCCUUGCCCAGAAGAAAGAUCGGGUAGCUCAAAAGAAGGCAAGCUUCCUCAGAGCUCAGGAGCGGGCUGCCGAGAGUUAAACCAAAUUUCUAUGAAGAUUUUUCAGAUAAAGACCAAUAAACUUAUUCAUCAAGCAGCUGCUUUUGUAUUAAGCUCUUGUUAUAAGAGUCUAGGGAAUAAACUGAAGCAAAGGAGUUGA